AUGGCAGAAGCCAGAUUUUCUCAGGAUGAGUUGACGUGUCCACUGGGUCUGGAUCUCCUGAAGGAUCCAGUGAGCAUCCAGUGUGGACACAGUUACUGUAAGAGCUGUAUUACAGGCUUCUGGGAUCAGGAGGAUCAGAUGAGAGUCUACAGCUGCCCUCAGUGCAGACAGACCUUCAGUCCAAGACCUGCUUUAGCUAGAAACACCAUCUUGGCUGAAAUGGUGAAGAAAUUAAAGAAGAGGAAACGUCCUGCUGACUGUGAAGCUGGAGCUGGAGAUGUGCAGUGUGACGUCUGUACUGGAAGAAAAUACAAAGCCGUCAAGUCCUGUCUGGUGUGUCUGGAAUCUUACUGUCAGAAUCAUGUUGACCAUCAUGAGGAAUUUUAUUCACGUAAGCCACACAAACUGAUCGAUGCCACUGGACGACUGCAGGAGAUGAUCUGCCAGAAACAUGAGAAACAUCUGGAGAUGUACUGCAUGACUGAUCAACAAUGCAUUUGUAAGCUGUGUACAAAAUAUGAACAUAAAAACCACAACACUGUAUCAGCUGCAGCACAGAGGACAGAGAAACAGAAGCAGCUGAAGGAGACGCAGAAGACGUUCCAGCAGAGAAUCCAGCAGAGAGAGAAAGAUCUUCAGCAGCUGAGAGAGGCUGUGGAGUCUCAUAAGCGCUCUGCACAGACAGCAGUGGAGGACAGUGAGAGGAUCUUUACUGAGCUCAUCCGCUCCAUUAAGAGAAGCCACUCUGAGCUGAUACGGCUGAUCAGAGAUCAGGAGAAGACUGCAGUGAGUCGAGCUGAAGGACGACUGGAGCGACUGGAGCAGGAGAUCAAUGAUCUGAGGAGGAGAGACGCUGAGCUGGAGCAGCUUUCACACACACAGGAUCACAUCCAGUUCCUGCAGAGAUUCCAGACUCUCUCAGCACUUCCUGCAUCAACAGACAUAAAUGACGAUUCUCUCUUCUCUUCUAAUGGCCUGAGAGAAUCUGUUCAUCAGCUGAUAGACAAACUGGAGGAUUUCUGCAAAGAGGAGCUCAAGAAGAUCUCAGACAGAGUCACAUUCAACAUUGUUUCCAGGACCAAGAACAAUUUCCUACAAUAUUCCCAUCAGCUCACUCUGGAUACAAACACAGCACAUAAACGUCUCCGUCUGUCUGAGAGCAACAGAGUGAUUACUGGCACUAAUACAGAUCAGCCGUAUCCUGAUCAUCCAGGCAGAUUUGAUUUUUGGUCUCAGGUGUUGUGUAGCGAGAGUGUGUGUGGACGCUGUUACUGGGAGCUGGAGUGGAGUGGAGGUGAACCUGGUGUGCGUACAUCAGUGUCAUAUAAGAGCAUCAGCAGGAAGGGACAGAGUAAGGCGUGUUUGUUUGGAAAUAAUGAUCAGUCCUGGAGUUUGCAAUGCAAUCCCUCCAGAUACUUAUUCAGACACAAUAACGUGGUGACUGAUCUCCCUGUAGAGUCCAUCAGCAGUAGAAUAGGAAGGGAAUUGGAUCACAGUGCAGGAACUCUGUCCUUCUACAGCGUCUCUGACACAAUGAGCCUCAUCCACACAGUCCAGACCACAUUCACUCAGCCGCUCUAUCCUGGGUUUUUGGUUUCUAGGGGAUCAAGAGUGGAACUGUUGAUGAAUCAGAAUAGAACUGCAUUAUUCUACCCAUAAUGCUUUGAGCUCCAUGAUAAUCAGUGAUAGUGAGAUGUUGGAGACUCUCUUCUUUUAUCUUCAUGACAUUAACACUGCAGCUGAACUUCUGUCACUGAAAUAACAUGUAAGAGUAAAUGUGUGUAAUAAAUCCUCAUAAACAUUAAGAUCAGACGUGUUUCUGUACUUUUUAUGUGUAUCAGUGAAAUUACUUUUCAAUUCAAA